CUUAUGGGAGGAAUAUGGCGGCGUGCAGGAGGUCAGUGCUGCUGGCUCGGUACCGGACAGGAUUUUUGAUGCCGGCCAGGUUCCUUUCUGAUGAUGAGCCUACCAAGUUCCAACCGCCUGUCAAGCCACAAUUUGUGGUUAAGCAAGUGUCACAAGCUCAGAGAAGGUUCCUAAGCCCAGAAUUUAUACCCCCCCGAUGCAGGAGAGAUCCACUUUGUUUUCAGAUUGAAAGGGAUGACAUGAUUGAAAGACGAAGACUCUUCAACAUUCCAGAAUUCUACGUAGGAAGCAUUCUUGCCGUGACCAUGUCAGAUCCCCAUGCAGGUGGAAAACUCCACAACUUUGUGGGGAUUUGUAUCCAGAGGUCAGGAAAAGGACUCGGUGCCACUUUUGUUCUCCGAAAUGUUAUUGAAGGACAAGGUGUUGAGAUGAGAUAUGACCUGUACAGUCCUCGGAUGCAUGAAAUCCAAGUACUGAAGCUGGAGAAGAGACUGGACAGCAACCUGAUGUAUCUGCGUGACGCACUCCCUGAAUACAGCACGUUUGAUGUCAACAUGAAGCCAGUCCUAUCACUGGACUCUGAGGUUCCUGUUAACCAAAUAAUUGUAGAGAUGAAGCCCAGGCCUUGGUCCAAACGCUGGGAACAGGAAAAGUUCCACAUUAAAGGCAUUCAGUUUGAAAGAUAUCUGCUGGAGAAACACAUUAAGAGAGCGAAGAAGUCUGCUAAACCUUGGGAUCAGUUUGACAUGCUGAAGGAAUAUGAUACAACCAAGAUCGAGGAAGACAUACUGCAGGAAAUUGAGCAGAAAAUGGCAAAAUCUAAAGCCAGAUAG